AGUUGUUUUUUUCCUCCACUCAUUCACUGCAUUUUUCCAGACGGCGUGUGCAAACUUAGGCUCCGUACCUCACUGCCUGCCACCCAUAUCUCUGUCUUUCUCUCUCUGAUUCAAUUAUUCAUUCCUUCUGAUGCUUUGUGGAUGCAAAUCAGGGAUAUUCCAGCCUCUGAAUCCAACCCUCCUGUCCGUGCCUCUUCUCCUCUUAUCCCUGUCUCAGCUGCACUCUUCUCCGAUUCCUAUCCAUUAGAAAUGUGGUGCUCUGUGGUUCUGGUUGUCUGUGGAUUCUCUGCUUUGGUCCAGGUGUCGGUGCAGGGCCCUCACCAGAGGACCCUGUUGAAGAACCUACUGAAGGACUACAAUCGUAUGGAGAGGCCGGUGGGCAACGAUUCCCACUCCCUCACCGUCUUCUUCUCUAUCAGUCUGAUGCAGAUCAUGGAUGUGGAUGAGAAGAAUCAGGUCGUCACCACUAACAUCUGGCUUCGGAUGAGCUGGUUUGAUCAUUAUCUUCAGUGGAACCAAUCUGAAUACCCUGGAGUGAAAAACCUUCGGUUCACAACUGACCAGGUGUGGACGCCAGACAUCCUCCUCUAUAACAGUGCAGACGAUGACUUUGACUCUACCUUUAAGACCAAUGUGCUGGUUAACUCCAGUGGCUUCGCAGAGUAUCUCCCUCCAGGGAUUUUCAUGAGCACAUGUAACGUGGACGUACGUUGGUUCCCCUUCGACAUCCAAAAGUGUGAGAUGAAGUUUGGCUCGUGGACGUACGAUGGCUGGCUGAUGGACCUACAAAUGAAUGAGGCCGACAUCUCCGGGUACAUGUCCAACGGGGAGUGGGACCUAGUGGGAGUGCCAGGUACUCGUAGCGAGGUGUUCUAUGACUGUUGUAAGGAGCCCUACCCUGACGUGACGUUCGUUGUGACCAUCCGCCGGCGCACUCUCUACUACGCUCUAAACUUGCUCAUCCCCUGUGUGCUGCUAUCCUCCAUGACCCUGCUCAUCUUCCUACUGCCUGCCGACUCUGGAGAGAAGAUCUCUCUGGGUAUCACUGUGCUGCUCUCUCUCACUGUCUUCAUGUUGCUGGUGGCAGAGAUCAUGCCAGCCACUUCAGAUUCCAUCCCUCUCAUAGGACAGUACUUUGCCAGUACUAUGAUCAUUGUUGGGAUGUCAGUCAUAGCUACAACGGUGGUGCUGCAGUAUCAUCACCAUGACCCAAACGGAGGACAGAUGCCCAAAUGGGUUAAUGUGGUCCUACUGCAGUGGGUAGCAUGGUUCCUACGUAUGAAGCGCCCAGGGGAGAGUGAUGACCCAGAGCGACCACCCUGCGCCCCCCACCUACGGCGCUGCUCCUCAAGCUCCCAGAGCGGUAGCAUCCUUAACCCUCCAGACCCCACACUCCACCCCCAGAACCUGGUCCCUCUCCAGGCUGGCCCCCAGCACUUGGGUCAUCCCCAUCUUCACGCCCAGUCCAGCGCCAACAACAAUGGAAACCUGCUCUACAUUGGCUUCCAGAAUCUGGACGACCCCCCACUGCUCCCAGAUCACAUCACGCCUCGAGUAGCAGGCAGUCCCCCUCCCCAUCUGCCCCCUCCAUUCUGCAGCCCUCAACCACCCCCCACCCCCAACGCGGACACGGUGGGCUGCCCUAGCACCAUUUCCAGUGGCGGAGUCUUCGGAAUGGGGGGUGGAGGACAGUACUCAGCAGGGCGUAUAGGCGACCCCCAGCUCCAGGCUAUUCUGGAGGAAGUGCGUUACAUGGCGGACCGCUUCCGUGAGCAGGAUGAGACAGAGAGCGUGGCCGACCAGUGGAAGUUUGCGGCAGCAGUCAUCGACCGGCUCUGCCUGGUGGCCUUCAGUGUGUUCAACAUCAUCUGCACCAUCGCCAUCCUCAUGUCCGCUCCCAACUUUGUGGAGGCCGCCUCCAAGGACUUCUUCUGAGGAAGAAGAGGAUGGGGCAGAGGAGGAGGAGAUAUUAAGAGUGAGAGGAGAAGUAGGGGAGAAAGAGCAGGAUGUGGAAUGAUUUGGGGCUCAGUCUAAGAGGGCUAUUGUCGGGGACAACAGACCCUCGUGUCAAGAUGAGGGGGGGUUCUUUGGAGAGGUCUACAGUACAUCUCAAGAUGGUCUAUUGAAGUCUAUCAAGGACCUCUGAUGAAAUGGAACAGGAUGGGGAGGGAUGAGUAUAUGGGGGAAGAAUCAAAAAAUGCAUGGUUCAAGGACUAUAGAGGGUGAAGUCAAUUGUAUUGAACUAUAAGAUUUUCUCAAAGACCUAUAAGAAGUGAAGGUGAGCAGGAUGGGCAAUAAGAAAAGUGGAAUAUGGGAUAAUUCAACCUGAGAUUGAACCUACAGAGAGUGACAGAGAGGAACAUACAGAUAUAUAGGGCUGUUUGAUUUACUGGCAGAGAGAAGAUAACCCUUCACUCUCAAGUCCCAGAAAAGGCAAAGAAAGACGGCAUCAUUUACUGAAAGGGGGGACCGGGAAGGAGGGGGAGAGACUGACUUUUACAAGGAGAGACAACAAGGAAUGAGUGUGUGAACAGAGAGGUAUUCUAUGGUGACAGCGAAGGAGGGAAGGUCCAACAAACUAAACUGGGCAGUGUUAAUGUGAACACUUAGAUCUCCAGGAUAAAACAGAAGAACACAUCAGAUGAGAAUAAAAAUAAUCUCAUCUUUCA